CCCCGCCGCCCAGCACGCGGCCAUGGCGGCCCUCUGGGCGUGGUACGACGCCCAGCCGUCGCUGCGCUGCGCGGUGCUCACGGGCGGGGAGGGGCGCGCCUUUUGCGCGGGGGCGGAUUUGAGGGAGUGGGAUGCCGAUCAUAAGGAUGGGGAUGGUGAUACCAAUGUGAGGGGGGGUGGUGGAGAUGAGGGGAUGGCGGCGCGGUAUCGGGAGCGGUGGUCGCAGGAGGGGUUUGGGGGUUUGUCGAACCGGGCGGGGAAGAAGCCCGUCGUGGCGGCGGUGAAUGGGUUGUGUUUUGGGGGCGGGAUGGAGAUGGUGGUGAAUUGUGAUCUGGUGGUGGCGGACGGGAAGAGGGCGCGGUUCGGGCUGCCCGAGGUGGGGAAGGGGGUCAUUGCUGUGGCCGGGGCGCUGCCGAGGCUGGUGAGGACGGUGGGAAAGCAGAGGGCCGCGGAGAUGGCGCUUCUUGGGAGGACAAGGUAUACGGCCGAGGAGAUGAGGGAGUGGGGGCUGGUUAACUUUGUGGUGGGCGAGGGGAAGGCCGUGGAGGAGGCGCUGAAAGUGGCGGAGGAGAUCGCGGGAAAUUCGCCGGAUGCAGUGAUUACGUCGAGGGAGGGGUUGAGAUUGGGGUGGGAGCCGUUGGGCCCGCAGAUGGGGACGGAAGUGCUGGAGAGGGGGAUGUAUGGGAGGAUGAACGCCGGCGAGAAUAUGAAGGAGGGCGUGAGGAGCUUCGUGGAGAAGAGGAAGCCUGUUUGGAAGGACAGCAAGCUGUAGUGCGCGCUCGGGGAUUCGAUAGGGGGUUCGUUUUGCCCCCUUUCUUGUUUAAGCCCGAUAUCGCUCGUUCGAACGUGCGGGAAGAUCCCCACGACAUGGAUAUACACAGCCGCGUCUCAAGGCCGCAAAAUAUGGACGGCGCCAUUAUCACAGUAGCUUAGGUUAGAGAAGCAGAGAACAGAUGGAUGUUGUGGACUAGAUUAUCCCUACUGGGCCCCCCCUAUCUAAAUAGUCAGUUGACGACUCCCCCA